CUCUCCCGGGUGGCCCCGACCCCUUCCUUGCCCCCUUCGCCCCCGCUCUGUCCCACUCUGAAUUCCUGUCUCCCAUCUUGACCCGUGCACUGUCCCACCCUCAUCCCCCUCUCUGCCACCCUGACCUCUCUCUCCCGCUGCAGGCGGAGGUGGAGCAGAAGAAGAAACGAACCUUCCGCAAGUUCACCUACCGCGGGGUGGACCUGGACCAGCUCCUCGACAUGUCCUACGAGCAGCUGAUGCAGCUGUACAGUGCGCGGCAGCGGCGGCGCCUGAACCGUGGGCUGCGCCGCAAGCAACAUUCCCUGCUCAAGCGCCUGCGCAAGGCCAAGAAGGAGGCACCACCCAUGGAGAAGCCUGAGGUGGUGAAGACUCACCUGAGGGACAUGAUCAUCCUGCCAGAGAUGGUGGGCAGCAUGGUGGGAGUCUACAAUGGCAAGACCUUCAACCAGGUGGAGAUCAAGCCUGAGAUGAUUGGGCACUACCUGGGCGAGUUCUCCAUCACCUACAAGCCAGUGAAACAUGGACGUCCUGGGAUUGGUGCCACCCACUCCUCGCGCUUCAUCCCUCUCAAGUAACCCUUCAGGAGCCUU